GCUAGGUAACAAAUAAAUCAAUACUACUUGUCAACUCGUGAACAUCAACACUGUGAACUAAAAUCAAGUUUAUAAUUUUGUGUUUAUCGAGAAUUUUCCUAUUUAUUAACUUAUUUAACAAUGCCACCAAAAAAGGACAAGAAAGAUAAGAAAAAGGCUGGAAAACAAGAAGAUGAUAAACCUGGGGCAACGUUUACAGAAGUAGAGAAGACUUUCCUUGAACUUCAAAUAGCUGAAUUGAAUCGUAAAAUAGCCAGACUUCGAACUUCUGUGGAUGAAUAUGAAUUAAAGAACGAAGAACUACAAAAAGCUUACGAUAAGUUAGAUGAAGAUCGUGCGGAUAUAAUAGCAUUCUUGAAAAAACAACUUAAUCUUAAAAAUGAAGAAAAUGUUGAGUUGAAAGAGAAAGUCAAGGGUCUGGAACAGAACAGAGAUUUAGAAAAUUCGGGUUUCAAAGAAACAGUUGCUGAACUUGAGAAGAAUUUUACCAUCAUGAAGGACCAACUUACAUCUGAAAACAAAUUGUUAGCAGGGAAAUUAAAUACACUUGAAGAGUUCAGAGCAAUGAGAGAUGACUUGAUGAAAAAGUUUGAGAAACAGGAACAAGAUUUUCAAGAUCAAGAAAUGAAAUAUAAAAGAAUUAUAUACGACGCCGAAAAGAAGUUUGUUAUUGGAAAAGAUAAAUUAAAAAAAGAAAUGGAGGCGCGGUUGUUGCAAUUAGCUCAAGAUUUUCAAGAUGCAACUGAGUUGCGCAUUGCUGCUUCUACACACAGAGUUAUAAGGGAAAAUAUUGCUAUUAACAAUGAAUUAGAUAAUAUGCUAUCAACACAAGAAAAAAUUUCUGAACUUAAUGAAAAAUAUAAGGAAAGUGAGAGAAUAUCCCGCGCCGCCAAAGAGCUAGCAGAAGAAGAAAGAGACACAGCUAUCAAUAAAAAUAUCGUUCAGUUAAAAGUUAUUGAUAAACUUACGAAAGCUUUUCAAGAUAUGAAAAAAGAACAAGCAUUGCUUGAGAAGAAAAACUUUGAUUUUGAUGUUCUACAAACAAAACUAGAAAGACUCACAAAAGAAAAUAGUGAUUUAUCCCUACAAGUUCGUAUUUUAGAACAACAUCUUCAUUCAAAAUUAAACGAUCAAAAUAAUGUUGAUGCGAAAACUAAUAAACUAAUCGAUGAAAGCAGCAACCUCAAGAAAAUUUUAAUGGAAGCUGCAACCGCUGUUCAAGCCGCACUAAAACUAGACAACUGGGCCAAAAUUGACCCAAGUAGAGAAAUAAUGGAUAGACAACUACUCUUGUCCAAGCUUCUUCAGAUUGUUACACAAUAUCGAGAUAUUCAACCGACAGCAUCUCUUGAGACAUUAGCAUCGUUCGGACAAAUAUACGAAGAAGGUGAUUUGGGUUUUAUUCCAAAAGUCGCAUCCGAUCGAAAGACAAGUAAAGCAUCCAAACUCAUAACAGAUGGUACAAGUUUAUCGAAAGAAUCAUUUUCCGAGAAAAAAAGUGUAUCUUCAGUAAUGUCAAGUGAAUCUAAUAUAACCUUGAAAACAAUACCAAGCAUUCAAAUAAUUCCAGAAAUAUCUAAAGAUACAAUAACUGUAAAAGAUAGCAUUGAGUCUUUGGUAGCGACGCCGAAAUCUGAUGACAGUUCAGUGGAUAAGGACCUUGCUCCCAGUAGGAGAGAUAUUUCAAAAUUGCUCGAAGCUAGCAAAAUUGAGCUACAAAAAUCGUUAAUGAAAGAUUUGGAACAGUCUAAAGCAACAUUACUUGAAGAAGACAAAUCUAAGUCUAGGUCAGUAUUGUUUGAAGAAAAACAAAAAUCAGGUGAAAUAGGUGAAGAAAAAGAAGAUGAAACCAGUAUUAAAACAACCAGAGAAUCGAAACGAUCCAGUAUUCACAAAGAAAGCAUGAGUAAAAAAAGCGUAAGAGAUGGUCAUGAAAGUAGAGGAGGAAGUGUUGAAUUAGAUACUAAAAUAGAAAGUGUCAAAGGAGUUCAUGAAUCUGAAAAGGAAGAAUCAAAGGAAGGUACCGCUGCCAAACUUGAAGAAGAUGUAGAUGACAUUGAAAAACCUCAGGAGGAUGAGCUAAAAAAGGCUUCCUCUAAGUCAGUUGAAAAAACAUCACCAACCAUAGAAACAUCAGAAAAGGAAGAAUCAAAGGAAGGUACCGCUGCCAAACUUGAAGAAGAUGUAGAUGACAUUGAAAAACCUCAGGAGGAUGAGCUAAGAAAGGCUUCCUCUAAGUCAGUUGAAAAAACAUCACCAAACAUAGAAACAUCAGAACCUGAAACUGUAAAAGCUCUUGAAACAAAGAAGUCUGACGAAAAAGUUUCAGAAAAUCCAGAUAUCUAAAAUUUAAUUUUGAUUGGGUAUCAUAUUGAAAUAAUAAUUAUUAUGUUGUCUCGUAUGAUAAUUUUAACGUUGUAUUUUGAGUGAAACUGUGUGAGUGAUCUAAAUUAAUUCUAUUAGGUAUUUAUUUUCAUUUGUGGUGUGAGAUUUCCUAUAUUGAAAUAAAGUACAUUAUUCUAUUUAUAAUUGUGUUUUUA